AUGGGGGACGCAGAGGAGGACGUGGAGAAGGGGGUGGCAGAGGAGACGAUGGGGUCCAGCCUGACGAUGGAGAAGGUGGCCGCGGCGAAGCAGUUCAUCGAGAAUCACUACAGGAAUCAGAAGAAGAACCUGCAGGAGCGCAGGGAGAGGUGAGGAACUAGAGUUGCAAGGCAUCGCCUCGAUGCUCCUUUUCAUGAUCUUUGGAUCUUUCAGGAUUUAUGCUGCUGCACCCGAUCUCGGCUGGCAGAUCUCUUGAGAUGAAAUCCUCCUUCGUUGUUAUAUUGCUCCCGAGUUUGGAAAUACACUCUCCUGAAAGUACAAUAGGAAGGAUAAUCUGGCGAGAAAUUUUCUUAUGCCGAUAUUUCGCUUUUUCUGCUUGCUGUUUGCGCAUGCUUUUCCUCUUUGGCAUCUAACCUUGAAAUGAGUAAACAAUGAUCCAAUAGUUGCGCUUAUGAUGCAAUUGAGGUCAGUUUUUUCUAAAUUAUCUGACUCCCAUUCUUCAACGUGUAAACGGAAGUUCACCAUUUACGCUGUCCUGAACGACCUACUACCUACUACUAUAUCAUCGUUCGAUCAAAUCUGAUUUAUACAUCCCAGUCGUCACUUCGCUGACGCUUUGAUUGCCUACUUUUUCACUCGUCUGGGAAAGUCAUAACAUGCACGAAGCUAAGAUUGGAACGCGUAUUUUUUCUCCGUUGGUAAUAAUAAAACAAAAUUUUCUCUUGAAUUAUCUUUGGGGCAUUAUGUGCCUACAUGCUGAAGGCGUCUGGAAAACCUUUUUGUUUUAUUUUAUCGAGAUUCACUAUGCUAAGAUGAGAUUUUUAUUUUUCUUCAAAAAAUGAGGGCUGCAUGAUCACAGGAGAAUAACAACUGUUGCUCAUCUUCGUAAUUUUUUUUGACCCCUACAUAUUUCGAUCACUGAGUAAUAGGAUGUGAGGACCUUUAUAUCGUGAAUCCUAAUAUUUCAUUAUAUUAUUUUCUGCCAUGUUUCUCUAACAUCUUUCUACCCCUUGAUCUUAUACUUCUGCAUGCGUUCUGUAUGUUGGGAGUGCCAUGAACCGGAAGAAUCCGUUAUACUAAGAGGCUAUUCAAUAUCUUGUGUCAGUGUCUAGAUCGAGCAUGUGCCUAUAGACAGUGCCAGUGAAUUCCGAGGGAAGUACAGACUCAAGCGUGCAUUUCCAGCAAUCUCGCCAACUGGGGGAUGGCUUUUAUUGUCAUGUGUGGGAGUGAAUGGAGUUCAUCUCUCCCAUCAAAAACCUACGGUUCUGGAGUGGUCUUUAUCUGUUCGAGAUUUGUCAUUUCGUUUGCAGUUGGAAGAUCGUUUUCCUCACCCUUCUCAACCAUUUCUUACUUUUCGAAGUAUAAUCGUUCCUGUUAAUUUAUCUUUGUCUAAGAUAUUUUAUUUCACUAUGAGAAUAACUUCAAUGAUCACUGUCAUAUGCUCUUUCCUCACCUUGCAGCUUACCCAAGUUUUUUUUUCAGACGCUGGGUUCUAGAAAGAAAGUUAGCCUCCUCUGACGUGCCUGAAGAGGAACAGAUCAAUCUAAUAAAGGAUUUGGAGCGGAAGGAGACUGAGUUCAUGCGACUUAAAAGACAUAAGAUCUGUGUUGAUGAUUUUGACCUUUUAACCAUUAUAGGCAGAGGUGCUUUUGGAGAGGUGAGUAUUUAUGUUGAAAUCCCAUAUCGAUUAGUCAUUGUGUCAAUAUUUAUCGUAAUUCGGCACGAAAUAAUCUAAAUAUGUAAUAUAGAUUAGGAUCCUUUUCAUGUCUCUGGAAUACGUUAAGCAGGACUAAAGUUAUGUGCCGAAGUCGGAGUUCGCGGGAAUGUUCCAUGGAUUUGGCCACCUUUGAGAUGAUUGUCUGUAAUGUUUCCUCUAUUUUUUAAAUUUGUAAAUGACAGGUUAGGUUAUGUCGGGAGAAAUCCUCUGGGAAUAUAUAUGCAAUGAAAAAGCUCAAGAAGUCUGAAAUGGUUAGCAGGGGUCAGGUGAUGCUCCAUACCUUACAUGUGAUUUAAAUUCUUUGGAACUUUUAAUUGGAUCGUUUUUGAUACGUGUCUUAAAUGUCCAAAUGAGGCUCAAUAAGUGAUUCUCACAUCUUUGUUGAGGAAAGAAUGUCAUAAUGUAUCUGCUGAUUGACAUUUAGUUUUUUACUCGUUCACGGUCCAUUUGUCAACGAAAUUAGUUCCAUUUCUCUCUCUAGGAAGUCUGGAAAAGACAGCAAAUUGGCCAGUACAUUUUAGUCUUUAGGAGUUUAGCAACAAACUGCCACCUUGUUGUGCUUGGAAUCAUGCUCAUAGUGGCAUGGUGUUUAGUUUGGUCAGCCACAAGACCGAAGUGGAAAAUAACGUUUUUUCUGCAACAUGAUCAAGAUCAGAUUGAACAUUAGAAACUGGUUUUCAUUGCAUAUAACGUCUCACAAUAGUGCAGUUAUAGUAAUCGGUUUGGUCAGACUCUUCCAUAACUGACAUGUGAUGCUCCAUUGAACUCCGAAAGUCUGAUAUUGAUGUCGAACACUCGCUUUCAGACUAUGGUAGGGGAAUAAUGAGAACAUUCACUUUCAGCAAAUGGCUGGAGAGCAAUGAGAAUCAUCAUACCUACAGGAAAUAUUGCAGACAAGAUCUAAUGGUAGUUGGUGGUAUGCGUAAAAAAUAAUUAUCCAUGUAAUGCCAUCCUAUCAAAUUUGGCAUAUUCUACUCUAGAGUUCUUGAACUGCUUCACUGAAUUCCCUCGCACAUUCUGGUCCCCUCUGUCAUCUCUCUGCAUUAUUCUGAUUGACCCACUGGAUAGUGACAUGACACAAUGGGCUGGUAUGUCUUAUAUGAGAUGGAGUCUCAUUGUAUGAUCUUAUUGGCUAUUUUAUCACGAUACCAUUUUCAUGAACUUCUUUUUUCUUCCAUUGUGCUCCUGUUGCACCAUAGGUCGAACAUGUCAAAGCGGAAAGGAAUUUGCUUGCUGAAGUUGCCAGCCAUUGUAUUGUGAAGCUCUACUACUCAUUUCAAGACGCUGAGUACUUGUAUCUCAUAAUGGAAUAUCUUCCUGGAGGGGAUAUGAUGACUCUACUCAUGAGAGAGGACACCUUAACUGAAAGUGUGGCUAGAUUUUACAUUGCUGAAUGUAUUCUGGCCAUAGAAUCCAUUCACAAACAUAACUACAUCCACAGGUUUGUAGAAAAAUCUUUAUUUUACUUCUUUAAAUAAGCCAUUAUGACAGUCUUUCAUACAUUUCUAGCAUAAUGGCGUCUAACAUUAGAACGUGACUUACGUUCUUGAAUAAUGAGUUCUUCUCAGGGAUAUUAAGCCUGACAACCUACUCUUGGACAAAAAUGGUCACAUGAAGCUUUCCGACUUCGGAUUUUGCAAACCUCUUGACUGUAGAACGUUGACUACCUUGAAUGAAAAUGAACCAAUGGGUGAUGACAAUCCGAGGGAUUCGAUGGAGAUUGAUGGUGGCUUUUCGGAUGCUAGCGAUGGCCACCGUUGGAAGAACCCUCGUGAAAAACUUCAGCAUUGGCAGAUGAAUAGGAGGAAACUGGUCCGCUCUCUUUUUUUUUCUUUCACUAUCUUUUAAUGUAAAAUUUUAAUAGCCAUCAUUCCUCACAAUUUGCAUUUGUCCACAUUUGAUGCGUGCUCCCUUUACGAUCAUUGUAGCCCAGACUAACAGCUGCAGGUUUGAUUUCCAGGCAUUCUCAACUGUGGGAACACCAGAUUAUAUUGCCCCAGAAGUUUUACUGAAGAAAGGCUAUGGCAUGGAGUGCGACUGGUUUGUCUAUUAUGCUUUAAGCAACCCAUAAAAUUACUGAUUUUUGGAUAUUAUGCUGGGCCACUUUGUUGUGGCCUUAACCCGCACAUUUGAAUCCAGGGCCACUUUUAGUUUGUAGGACAAUCCUGAUUCAGAAUGGCUAGGAGUAGUUUUCUUCUGGUCAAUUGAUCACUGCUCCUAGAAAGUAGUUCCGGAGCUGACUUUGGUGGGGCCGUCUUUUGCUAGGGCCGUUUUUGAAUGCACGUCAUACACCACUAGAAUAUGCCACAAUGCAAAACCGGUAUAAUGUACAGCUCUCUGGAACUUUACCCCCCUUUGAUCACAACACAAUGAUUAAGGAUUGAAACAUUUCUUAGUUUCUUGUCUACGAUCAAUAUGAUCAGUCUCUGUCAAUGCUUGUUCGUGUGAUUUGGGAUGGGAGUCUGCUGUAUGUUUGGAAUAGAGAUCUGGAGCCUUUCUUCUUAUAACCACGAAUUAAUCUCACGCAAUCUGCGUUCUCCAAAGGUUUUCUACAAGCAUGCCAACCUGAAAAGAAAGAAAAUGGGGAUACAUGUGAACCUACAAAUCUUUACUACAAAAAUCUGAUUUGCACAAUACUUGUUCAGAUAAUUACGCUUUCUCGUGAAUAUUACAUCCUCUUUUAGUUUUUCUUCCAUUAUGGGCUGCACCUUUUACUGAAACUUCCAGCAGGGAAAGGAUUAGUGACUAUUCUUGAAAUUCAUGAAAAAUAUCUUAUUCUCUUUUUGAAAUGGGUAUUUCGGUGUCAUUUUUCUACCGUGUAUAUUUCUUGAAAUUGUUAUGCUCUUUAGUUUCAUUCCAUUUUCUAAGUCCGCAUUUUUGCUGAGAAAAUUUAAUGGGAGGUUUAUCUAUCUGUCCUUGUGUAAUAUGUCCUUAUUUUGAGGACUCUUUGCAGGUGGUCAUUAGGUGCAAUCAUGUACGAAAUGCUUGUUGGCUAUCCACCAUUUUACUCAGAUGACCAGAUGACUACAUGUAGAAAGGUUGUCUUGCUGUGUCUCAAGUUAAUAUAUGCGUUGACUUGUAUAUGUAUUCAAUGUGUUUGAAUAUUUUGUUUUGUUUAUCUAAGUAAACAACAUUUUUCACUAGUCCAUACUCCAUUCACCUUUGUUGCACCUAGUUUGGAACGUUGUUGACUAAUGUCAUUGGUAUUAUUAGGGAUUUGUCCUAUCCACAACUCUGUCGGUUUGAUCUUGGAUGAAAGUUUAGUCAUUACUAUAACCUGGAACUAGCACCUUCUGUUUGACGAGUUGUCUUCAGCUACAUCGAAUGGGGUGGCUAAUUAUGUUGACAUAAACAUUAGAGAAAAUGGGAUUUAAGAAUCCACUUGAACAUGAUUGAUGUUGAACAUCUGCGUUUAUACAAUUCUUGCUGGAACAAUGGAGUUUGUUUUUUUUUUUUAAAUUUUUUAAUUAGUACUGAACAAUGCUGUGUCAAAAUCAUUCUCAGAUUGUGCAUUGGAGAAAUCACUUGAGGUUUCCGGAGGAGGCAAGGUUGAGUCCUGAAGCAAAGGAUCUGAUUUGUAGGCUACUUUGUGAUGUCGACCAUAGACUUGGUAUUGGAGGAGCUAACCAGAUAAAGGUAUCUAACGAACGAAAAGCUAUCCAAAGUGACUCAUUCUUGUCAAUAAUAUGUUUUUUUUUUUUUUUUUUUUUUGUUUUUAUCUCAUACGCUGCCAGGCUCAUCCUUGGUUCAAAGACGUUGCAUGGGAUAAACUCUAUGAAUCAGAGGCAGCAUUCAAGCCCGAAGUCAAUGGCGAGCUAGAUACGCAGAACUUUAUGAAAUUCGAUGAAGUAUGUGUCCUAUUCUUAAUUCCUUCUGUUCAAGGUGCCUGAACCAUUUAUAGAUUUGAUCCAUUUCAUUUCCCAAUGCGUCACAUUUGACUUUCUAUUCGCAAUUAUAUUACGUUUAAAUUAUCAUUUGAGAGCAUCUUAAAUGGAAGGCGGCAAUAAACAUGCUAUGAUAGGAAGCUUGGUCUUUAACUGUUCUGAUUAUUAGAUUUAUUUUUCAGCAUAUUUUUUUUUUCACAAUGGUAGAAUAUUUUAGCCUGCCCUGUCAGUCUUUAAACACAUUCAAAAACCAAUAGUCAAACAUGAUACCAUUUACAUUUCUACCUCAAUCUUAGUAAAAAAAUGAGCGAAAUCUACCCAUCAUGUAAUCAUAGAUUGUUUUAUUAUUAUUUAUGCUGUAGAACUGGUCUUCAUGUUCUAUGUGGAUUUGCAAUAUUUUUAAUUCGAUGAUUUAUUUUAUAAUCAUGGCUUGCUCAAUGCACACUUUUUUCAACAGACCACUAUAUUAGGUCAAACAUUUGAUAUAAGUAGUUCGACCAUGAAGAGCGUAUUUGCUAUAUAUGCUAAUGUGAAAAAUAAUAUGCAUCGUUGACUGAAUCAUUUCUCCGUGUCGUGCCUCAGCUGAAUCCCCCUACGCCUGCACGAAACGGAUCCGGGCCCUCGCGGAAGGUAAGACUCUACUGAUAUUACUAAUUAUAGAUGGGCAUCAUCUGGACAGGCCUCAUCUUCUACCAGAUAUUCCAUUUGUUAACAUAAUUUUGCUUGACCGUUGACCUCGAAAUCAUUCAUGGAAUCUUGACCGGAUUCUCGUCUGCAGUCAAUGCUGACCCCCAAGGACCUGAGCUUUGUCGGGUAUACAUAUAAGAACUUUGAUGCUGUCAAAGCAUUGCACCCAUCAUUUGGUAAGAAAACUCUCUCUCUAGAAGUCCCCCAAACGCUGUCAGAUAUCGAUUUCUUUGCUAGUUUUUGAUGGCGGUUUGGAUCUCCUAAUUGCCUGAUUUGGUCCCCUUCAUCUUUGUUCUUUUCAUAGAUCCGAAGAGGACUUCCUCGCCAAGGCGGCCUUCCAUCGGCUCGAUCUUCGGUAGCCUGAAUGCUGCAUCUCUCUCUCUCUCUCUCUCUCUCUCUCUCUCUUAUUCUCCCUCUAUUUCUGAAGUAGUUGCUCAUUAAUGGCCAGGUGAAACAGCUGGAGAAGCCUGUGGCAGGCCACUGAGGGAGGAAAGAGAAGUGGACAUGGCACCAUCCACCACCGACGAUGCCAUGUCGCCAUAGGUGGCGGUGGGGCCGCGCCCAUAGCAUACAGAAUGCAUUGGAUUGGCGAGAUAGAGGUUGGGUCCUGCGAUGUGGGUGGCUGUUGGGAGGAGGACCCUGCAUGUUUUUAUCCAGGUUGCCCCCCCGCCCCUCCUCAAUGCGUCAUCGCCUCUAG